AACCCAGCAGCAGCGUCAAGCUGGUGCUGCUCGGCGAGGCUGCCGUCGGAAAGUCCUCGCUGGUCAUGCGCUUCGUCAACAACGACUUCCAAGAAAACAAGGAGCCGACGAUAGGAGGUGUGCAGCUCUCGUCCCCCAAGCGCGCAAGCAUAUACCGUAUCUAACAUAAGUAUAGCUGCCUUCCUCACACAGAAAUGCAACCUACCCACCCGCACAAUCAAGUUUGAGAUCUGGGAUACCGCCGGCCAGGAACGCUUCGCCUCGCUCGCGCCCAUGUACUACCGCAACGCCCAAGCCGCCCUCGUUGUCUACGACAUCACGAAGCCCUCGUCGCUCACCAAGGCACAGCACUGGGUCGCUGAGCUACACCGCCAAGCAUCGCCCGGCAUCGUCAUCGCGCUCGUGGGGAACAAGGCCGAUCUGGCUACCGAAGGCGGCGAGGAGAGCUCAGAGGACGCAGACGCGGCGCCAGCUGCCGAGGGCGAGGACGCCGAAGAGGAGGACGGCACCGACGCGCGGAGAGUUCCCAUCAAGACGGCGAAGGCCUAUGCAGACGAGGAGAGCCUGCUAUUCUUCGAGACGAGUGCGAAGACGGGGCAGAACGUCGCAGAGGUCUUCACAGCAAUCGCGAACGCCAUUCCAGAGACAAGCCUCAAGGGCCCACGUGGAGUCGGCGGCCAGACGAACCUGGGCAGGCAAGAGGAUGCGCGUGUGAACCUGGGGAGUGCUAGGACUGAGGGCGCCAAGGAGGGUUGCGCGUGCUGAGGUAUACCAGACUGGAUACUGUAGUAAUGCAAGCAGAGCCUUUUUUUGCUUUUGCAUCUUUCAUAGGUCUAUGGUGUUGACUGUGUAUAGUGCUUCAUUCUUCCCAGCAAUACUAUGCUGAUUUCUGCAC